UUGGGUGUGACUGUCUAAAACGUCAAACACAAUCCGAGGAGCUGUUUACGAAUCUCGCUCAACCGUAUAUUUGCUUUGUUUUUCUUUUGUGUGUACCAUUUUCACGGUUUUGGGCACGCUUUUCCAUCGGUAUCUCGGUUCGUUCGGUCCCACUGCAAACAUUGCCUCGGUACAAAAUACUAUGGAUUAUUCGAAGCUAUUCCCGCUGGCCGUGCUGCUGCUGCUGAUUGGGCUUACGGGCGAAUGUUCCGCGCACGAGUGCUACGUGUGCUCGAACCAAACCGGUAACACGGAAAAGUGUCUCAAUACUGUAAAGAUCUGCCAGCAGGGCGAGGACGCGUGUCUGACCGAGAUCCGGUGGGGCAGCACACCGUACUUUUCGCUCGGCGCCCAGAAACAGUUCUACGUCUCGAAACGGUGCGCCAAGAAGGAGAUUUGCCAGCGUAUCCGCACCAAACAUAUGCCGUACUGUACGCACAUCUGGUACGAGGAUUGGACUUGUUCCGCCUGUUGCCUGGGCGAUCGGUGCAACUACUAUGUGAUCAGUGCCGCACCCACGGUAACGCUAUCCGCGCUGCUCGGUACGGUGGUCGCGCUCGGUGUGUUGCUGCGCAGCAUUAUAAGCAGCUGAGUGGCACAGGCCACGAGAGGCAGUAUUUAGCAGUAAGUUUUCCCAACGCACAGUCUGGCUAAUUAUGAUUGGUGUUUUGCAUAGCGCGCGCGUCGUGAUACGAUACGAUGAGCUGUAAUACGGCUGCAUUCGACGGGGGACUUUUUUCUAUAAUCUUUCCUUUCUCAUAUACAUUCCAAACUCAAGUCUUUACCACCCACUGCGUUUUACCUAUUUGCAAAAAAAAAAAACAUCAUAUUGUAAUUGGUUGGAAAAUGCGUCUUUUCGAACGGCGUCGCAGAAGCAAACAAUCGUGCCUCUAGUAGUAUUUAGCAACAAGUAUUGACAGCCGUAUCCGCCGGGGCCAGCCAAAUGCAUCGAAGUUGAGCCCCGCCCGGAAAUGGUGGUAUGUAAAACGAAUCCGUCCAACUAUUUUUACAUAACGCAUCAACUCUCACUGUUUACACAGACCAUCAGAUAUAGCUGUUGAAAUAUAUACAAAACCAAUGUAAUAUAAGGA